AUGGGAGGCCACUGGGUCCCGAACGAGUCGCCGAGCAUCGUGCAGCUUUUCCAUGCGAUCAUUGACGCUCCUUUGUAUCACCUGGUAGUGGAGGGUCUGCUGUUGAUCUGGGUCUUCUGGCUCAUCUUCCGCAAGAGCUAUAAUCCGAAGGAUAAGGCACCUCUCACGGAAAAGGAGGAGGAUGAUCUGAUAGAGGAGUGGCAGCCAGAGCCAUUGGUCCCGAGGAAUUCGCCUUCUUUUGACCCGGAUCACCCUGCCCUCAAUCCGCGCAUCAUACAGUCCAAGAUAGGGAAGUACAUGGUGGUGAAAGGGAGGAAGUGCUUGAACGUGUCCACGCACGACUACCUAUGCCUGAACGAGGAGCCAUCCGUGGAAGAUGCGAGCGUGAAGAGCUUGGAGCAGUUUGGGGUCGGGUCGUGUGGUCCGAGGGCAUUCUAUGGCACUGCAGGUCACGUCCACGUCUUCUUCGAGGAACGAUUGGCGAAAUUCCUGAGUUGCCAGGAGGCAUGCCUCUACUCCUAUGGGUUCAGCACCAUCGCGUCUGCCAUUCCUUCCUAUUCCAAGAGAGACGACGUCAUCUUCGCGGAUGCGGGUGUGAACUUCGCCAUCCAGAAGGGACUAGUUGCGUCCCGCAGCGAGAUCAGGUACUUCCGGCACAAUGACAUGGAUCAUCUGCUGGAGUUGCUUCUGGAACAGCAGCGGUUGGAUGAGAAGAACCCGAAGGAGGCGAAGGUGACUCGUCGAUUUUUGGUCGUGGAAGGAAUUUACAUGAACACCGGGGAUCUGUGUCGUCUGCCGAGGAUCGUGGAGCUGAGAAGGCAGUUCAAGGUGCGACUGCUCGUCGACGAGAGCAUUUCCUUUGGGACACUAGGAAAGACCGGACGUGGAAUCUUCGAGCACUACGGCAUCCCGAACUCGGAGGCGGAUUUGAUCACUGGAACGUUGGAAUACGCGCUGUCGAGCGUCGGGGGCUUCUGCGUCGGCACUUCCUUCAUCGUCGACAACCAACGCAUCUCCGGACAUGGCAAGUCUUCCUCAGGGUAUUGCUUCUCGGCGGCUCUCCCCCCACUGCUGGCAGCGGGAGCCCUGGCGGCCCUCGAAUACAUCGAAUCGAGUCGCGGGAUCGCCGCCAUCGAGCGACUCAGGCGGAACUGUCUUCUGGCGCAGGUGGAGUGGGGGGAUGUGCCGGGGAUGGAGCUGGUCGGGGAUGCCGUGUCGCCGGUCAAGCACUUGCAGUUUAAGGACCGUUCGGAGAAUUUGAAAGAUGAUUCGAGAGCUCUGCAAAAGAUGGUCGAAAGGGCAGAGGAGAUGGGGGUGGCCCUGACUUCAGCCUGCUACGUGGAGGACGAGGACGUGUGCAUGCCACCUCCGAGCAUCCGAUUGGUCGUCUCUUCCGCGCUGGACGACGGGGACAUCCGGCGCGUGGCCGACGUCCUUCGCCGGUCGGCUCCCCGGCCUGGUCGCUGA